AUAAAAUGAAGAUAUAUUUGAUAGUGCUAUUGUUAUCAGUUUACAUUCUGAAUGUGUUAUCUCAAGAAGAAAUCGCCGCUGCACACGGAAGACGUUGUCCGCCUUUCCAUUGCAGAAAGUAUUGUCCUAACGGAUUUGAAACCAAUUUCAGGGGAUGUAAAAUAUGUGAAUGCAGAAGAAGACGUUGCCCGCCUUUCCAAUGCUUUAUGUAUUGUCCGAAUGGAUUUGUAAUCAAUCACAUGGGAUGUAAAUUAUGUCAAUGCAGAGGAGGACGCCCACCUAUUCGAGCUACAGUAGGACCAAUAUCUCCUAUUAGAACUACUCAAGGAGUUAGACCUCUUCCUGAUAGAACAACUCAAGGAGUUAGACCUCUUCCUGGUAGAACUACUCAAGGAGUUAGACCUGGUUGAGCUGUCUAAAAAGAUUUUGAAUUUAGUGUAAAUGAUAAAGGACAUCAACAAAUACAAAUUAUCGCGCUAUUCAAUCAGAAUCUUUUAUUUAUGAACCAUUAUAUACGUUAAC